AUGGAACGUAUAGGAAAAGUCACCUAUCGCCUAGAACUUCCUCCGGAAUCCCACAUCCACCCAGUUUUUCAUGUCUCCCUGCUUCGCCCUUGUUACAGAAACUUAGCACCAUCAACUCUUUCAUUGCCAACAUCCUUCAUCGACGACUUACCUGUGUUAGAACCCGAAUCAGUGUUAGACCAACGUAUUGUCAACAACACUCCCCAUGUUCUUGUUAAAUGGAAGAAUAGAGACAUAUCAAAAGCCACUUGGGAACGAUCAGAUGAAUUCAACAUAUCCACAACCACUGUUGACCUUGAGUACAAGGUCACUGUCAAGGACGGGGGUGUUGAUACGGGUGCUCAAACCACUUACAUUUUAUCUCAAGCAAUUAACACAUCGAUGACAUUAUCAUCAUCUUCUUCACCGGCUCCGACCCUUUCUUCUCAGUCAUGGAGUACCAUGUUUUUCUUAACUUUAGAGGAGAAAGAUACUCGCAAAACUUUUAUGGGUCAUCUCUACUCUGCUCUUGAACAAGAAGGUAUCUACACAUUCAAAGACAACGAAACACUUCCCUGA